UAAAAGUUUCAGUUCUCGGCGAACAGCUCAACAGAGCGGAGCGGACACAGACAGAGCAACAAGGAUUAAGCGCACUUCGAACAUCCCAAUCAUUUUUUGUUUGGGAGUAUUGAGAAAAGAGUGGUAACGCCAGAGUGAGAAAGCUUUCUGCGGGAGUUGAAUUGUGCCACAUCCAAGCAACAUGUGGAAAAGUGUGGUGUGGAUAAGCCUGCUACUAGGAUACAGUUACGCAGGCGUGGCUUCCUGGAGUGAGGAUAUCUCAGUGCAUAACAAUGCGGCCAUUACUGGAAUACACUACUCCCAGCAUGAAUCAUCGGUGAAUGCUGCCCGUAAAGCAGCGGCAGAUCGUUUGCAACAGGUUUCGGCUUUGGUGGCUAGUGGCAGCAGCGUUACCGGACCAUGUGACACGCUCUGCUACAAUGGUUACACUGCCGACGGUGCCAGUGAUGCGGAAACUAUUGGACAGGGAAUUGUAGGCUUCACAUCCACCGGAUCGGGUGCUGUUGGAUCUUCCCAGAAGUAUUCUGCCAGCUCUUCGCGAAUGUCCGAAUUGUCGGUACAGAACCUACCGGGAGCAGCUGUUUAUCCAGCUGUUGCAUCGACGUCUGGCAUAAGGUCGAGCUAUUCCAGCGCUUCUUCUUCUUCGCGGCAGCAGAAGAUCCACAGUGCAGGAGUAGCACAGCCGGCAGCAGCGGCCUUGUACAGUGCUGAUCAUGGCAGAACUAGUCACGCGAAUGUCGUCCAGCAACCGUUGGUGUACACCGUUCAGGCACCUCAAACCCAUGCCUCCCAGAGCAGCUACGAGCGAUCGAGCAAUGAACGAUCAGUGGUGAGUCGCCCGGUGGUUGCCAACGUUGUUUACACACAAGUUCCCACCGGUGGAUCCGCAAGCAAUAGCUUCAACGCACGCUCCAGCUUCUCGGCUGCCUCGAACGAACAGGCGGUCGUGCAACCCGUGACUUAUACGGCACCCAACAGUGACUAUUCGCGACGGUACGUAGCUUCUGCUCAGGACCAUCAGUACCGCCAAUAUCCCUCAACAUCAAACACGUACGUCCUGUACUCGAAACCGAUCGCCUCUUCCGUUCAGUACUACGCACCGUCACGAUCGCGAACGGAGGAGACCGCUUCCUCCACCGCGUACGAUUCUUCUGGGCGAGUGGUGAACCUGAACGUUGUCCAGCCGGUACACUCCGAACGUGUUGAUGAGCAGCGAACUCAACAGCGAGCCGAAUCCGUCCAAACCGUACAGCGUCAACCCGAUCUCUACCCAGUACGAUCGUCUUACGAUCAACAGGAAAAGGAAGAGCAAUACUUUGAGGACGAAGUUGAUGGGUACACGACGUCCGAGCGUCCCGUGAAGCUGCUUGUCCCGACCGUUCCGUCCGCAUCCUCCGCUUCUUCCUCGCACCGCCGAGCAGAGCAGCAGAGUUCCUACGUACGCACCGGAUCGUACGUGCCCAACACAGGUUCCUCCACCCGGUACAGUGCGGCUCAAUCGGCCGAUUCCCUUCGCCGUCAGACUUAUCAACCUGGCCCGUCUUACGUUGCUACCGUGCCUGUGGCGGGAGUCGCUUCCUCCUCGAAGUUUGAAAGUGCCUCCGAAGCGCACCAACGACAGACGCAAAAUUCGCUCAACCCAGUGCCAGUCGUGGUUCAGCCCGUUCCGAUCGGUGGUACCUCAUCCUCAUCCAGUCGGUACGCGUCCUCUACACAGGAACAUCGUGCUGGAGCUACCGGGCCAGCGUACUACGCCCCAGCUGGAGCUGCAGCGACGUACGGUUCGCAGUACUCCAACACUGCCGCUUCUUCGCACAAUAGUCGCUAUAAGGCCGGUGGAAACACCGGCGGCUUCGUACACUACCCGAUCACGAACGAUGAGUUUGGACGACGGUUCGGAGCAGUAGGAGGAGCAGGUGGCUACGGAGCGGAAACUGAUCUUCACGACAUCAUGAGCGAAUCGGAAACGCUUGCCCGGUUGCAGGCUCAGAACGUGCACAACGGUGCCGUGACGGGAAGCGGAACGAUCGACGCCGACACACGAUUCGGAGGUGAAUCGGAGGGAUUGGGCACGAUGCCCGGUGGCUUCCAGCGCACCAAAUCGUGGUCCAGCAGCUCCAAGUGGGCUUCGGAACAACGUUACGGUGACGAUGGCAAACCGAAAACGUACAGUAUGCUCUCGACAGCGGAAAGCGAGAAGCACAACAUAAACGGCAAGACGACGGGUUACAAGGCGGCCACCACGACCCUGGAGGACGAUGGAAAGGUCAGCACGUACAGUCUGCACACCACGUAAUAGAGGAGAAGCUCGCUGUCUCCAAUUUCGUUUCGUUUCGUUGCGCGUUUAUGUUGUGUUCGGUUAAGCAUUAAUUUAUGUAGCUUGUAAGACAUUUCAAUCAAUAAAACUCGAACUCAUCUUAAA